AUGUUUCAAUCAUUUCUUCACAAAAAUUUUCUUCUUUCCUUCAUAAUUUUAUCAUUUUUGAUAAUUUAUGUGAAUGGAGGAAAUGGAGAUGGAUCUUCUAAACAACAUGAAACAAGUCCUAAACAUGAAACAAGUCCUAAAGAAGAGGAAAAAGCUGAAAAGGAAAAAAGUUUAAGUCCCCCAAAAUCUGGAACAAAAAGAAAAAUUGGUUGGGAUAGCAUGUUUAAAGGUUUGGGCAAAAAUAAAGGUGCGAGUUCAGUAUUCGGUGAAAUUACAAAUGUGCAACUAAAAAAUGUAUGGAGGGAUGCUGCGAAACGAUCACUUGUACAGGAAGAAGUAAAUUUGAAAAGUACAGUAAAUGAAGCUUUCGAACUUUUUAAUCAACAUGAUUGUUUGAAAUUGGUUGACGAAAUGUCAAAAUCUCAAAAGGAGCGAGUUAAGGAUUCUUUUAUUGAAAAUAGGCCUGUUGAUCUUGCUUCUCCAGCUUCCUCUUCUCCUCAUUCGAUUCCUUCUACUCAUCCUCAAAGUUCUUCCUCCCACUCUUCUCAUCCUCCAACUUCUCCUAAACCUCUUCCAAGUCCUCCUCACUCUUCUCAUUCUUCAACUUCUCCUAAACCUCUUCCAAGUCCUCCUCACUCUCCUCAUCCUCCAACUUCUCUUAAACCUCUUCCAAGUCCUCCUCACUCUUCUGAUCACAAAACAUCGCCUCAUAAUGUUGCUUCUCCUCUUGCUUUACCAGAAGCUGAUGUAGAACAAGAAAAGGGAUUAGACAUGCCUGAAGAGAUACGUGCCGUUGUUAAUGAGAUAACAUGGAAAAAUCAUUAUUUAUCACCCGAUUCUCCAUUUAAUCAAUUUAUCACCAAAACCCGUGAAAAUGUUCAAGACUUUCAUUGCACAAUAUGUAAGCAAGACUCUAAUGAGGAAUUAUCACAAGCUGACGAUCAGUCAAAACAAAUUGUUCAGUUAAAGACUUGUGAAGACAAAUUUCAUUUAGAAUGCAUUGCUCAGCAUUGGGGAAAAGGUAAAAAAGAUUGCCCAAAUUGUCGCCGUAAAUUUGAAGUUAAACAUGUUGAAGUUAAGGAGGAAGGUGUUAAUGUUGAGUAAAGUUAAAGAACUGAGGCUAGUUAUAAUUUUUAUUUUAAUUGGAUUAAAAUGCUGGGGAUGUGGCUUCG